AUGGAGCCGACGAUCGGACUGCCCACGGACACAUCCUACCCGGUCCCUCGCACAUCGCCAGGGAUCCAGGGAUUCUGCGUGGCCUACCCGCUCCGACGGCAUCAUUUCGAAGACAGAGCCAAUGAGGGUUCCUCGCAAUGUCGUGCUGACUGGGAGACUUACAUCGGUCCGACGGAGCGCUGGGGAUGCGGCAACCCCUGGGAGGGCCAUUUCGCAGCCGUCGUCCUGCCCUUCUGUCGCCCAGAUCGCAUCGCGAUCAUCAGCUACAUCUUUGAGUACAGCAUUGGCCUCGAUGAAGCCGAAUACCGAACCGUGCGGUCCAUCACCGGGACCAAGCAGAUCCAAUCGAAAAUGCUGCUCGAGUUGCUGUCCAUUGACCCGCGAUGCGGGCAGGUCGUCCGGGACGCCUGGAAGACCAUGAUUAACACGACCGCGAAGCAGGAUAAAACACGCGCAUUCGGCAGUCUGGAGGCAUAUAGUCGCAGAUUCGUGGAUACGCUGAUGCGCUUCGGAAUGGACAUCCUGCUGACGCCCGAAGAGGAGGAGCUCGUGGCUCCAAUUGUCAAGCCGUGCUAUGCGGCCCUCGGUUUGGCCAAUGACUACUUCUCCUUCGAUGUCGAAUGGGAGGAGUUCCAGAAUGAAGAAGCCGACAAAAGGACCAUGACGAAUGCAGUGUGGCUAUUCAUGCAAUGGCACCAGAUAGACCAGGACGCGGCCAAGCGACUGGUACGACAGGUGACGAACAAGUACGAGCAAGAGUACCAACAACGGGUCAAUGUAUUCAUAUCUGGUGAGGGGAAGGAAAACGUCAAAUUACAGGAGUACCUGGUCGCACUGGGAUAUCAGAUCCCGGGGAAUGUUUCCUGGAGUCUGCGAUGCCCCCGUUACCAUCCCUCGGUCUGUGGGGAGGCCAGCGCCAUCUUGCAAAAUUCAAGUGGCGAUCUUCACAACUCCACCCAACGACAGAGUAUCUCAGCAGAAAGUGUCUCCUCCCAGUCAUCGGUCUGGUCAGGUGCAAGUGAUAGCUCCCCUCGGUCUUCGAUAUCCUCGGCUCCUUCUAUCGAUGUCGCACGGAAGCCUACACAGCAUCUCAUGGGCCCCGCAGAGUAUAUCAGCUCCCUUCCUUCCAAAGGAGUCCGGGAGGCAUUCAUUGAUGGCUUGAAUGUGUGGCUCGGUCUCCCGGACAGCCAGGUCAACGUCUUAAAAUCCAUUGCGAAAACACUACACAAUGCCUCGCUGAUGCUGGACGAUAUCGAAGACUCCUCGCCUCUCCGUCGUGGCCAGCCCGCGACGCACACCGUAUUUGGACAGGGACCGACGAUCAACUCGGCCAACUUUCUUCUUAUCGAAGCCAUGGACCAGGUGAGGCAGUUGGAGGAUCCGCGUUGUUUGGAAAUCUUUGUCGAGGAGAUGCGAAACCUCUUUAUCGGGCAGAGCCACGAUUUGUACUGGACGCAGCAGGACGAGUGCCCCACGGAGGAGGAAUACAUGGAGAUGAUCCGUCAAAAAACUGGUGGUCUCUUCCGGCUACUGGCGCGCCUGAUGAUGCAAAAGGCACCGGCCCAGAAGAAUCGCACCAUCUCCCUAGGCCCCCUUAUCAACCUCCUAGGAGAGUAUUUCCAGAUUCGGGAUGAUUACAAGAACCUAACAGAGGAGUAUACCGGGCAAAAAGGCUUCUGUGAAGAUCUAGACGAGGGCAAGUUCUCCUUCCCGUUAAUACAUGCUCUCAAGUCACAUCCAGACGACCAGGAGCUCCACGAGAUCCUACAACGAGCCCGUGAGUCGGGUGGACUUGAUGUGCCGUCCAAGCAGUCCGUACUGGACCAUUUCCAUCAAAGCGGAAGCAUGGUGUAUACGAAACAGACGCUUCGAGGCCUGAUGGAGGAGAUCAGGGAUCAAAUCACUCAGGUGGAGAAGGAGGCCGGCAGCUCGAAUUGGGUCCUCAGACUGCUUGUUCAUAGAUUGGAAGUAUAA